AUGUGUCCUCCCUGUGUAUCUCCUCGUACUCAGGGCGGUACUCACAACAUUCAAGGGGCUGGCGCAGUACACGCCAACACCAAGCAGACACACCCUGCUCUCAAGAUUAUCCCCUACACUGCACAUGCGCCUUCAACGAACUCGAAACCUAUGGGCUCCGCCAGGCUGACCUUACCUGCGCAUCGGAAAGAUCUUAUGCCAUGUGCCAAAGAGCAUCGCCUCCCGGAGCGAAUCGGGGCCCCUCCAGCGCAAAACAAUGCACCUGCGUGCACGCCCCAAACGCGACCUCUCCGCCCACUCAAUCUGGCUUUCAAAGGCCCCUGGGUGGACGGCCUAUCCGGGUAUCCCUGGGUCAUUCUCACCACCGACGGCGACUUGCCCUCAUUGCAGGAGAUUCCCUCGCCCAUUCCCCAUUCUCGGUUUCCUAUCCCUGGCGAGACCCCCAAAGUCUUCCAUAAUUAUUGGAGAAAACAGCCUCCGUACAGCAUGCAAGCCGUUCCCAAUGUCGCUGCAGGCUACCUGCAUCCCGGUGACAUCCCGGAGGAGAUACCUCGUCCGGACAUCCUCACGCCUGUUCCUCUUCGCAUCCCAGCGAAUACGUAUGUAGCGAAGCACAUCCUCGUGUUCACGCAAAGAGGCCAGCCCGGAGUUUGCAUUGCAGAGUGGGGUAAAGACGCUUCCAAGGUCGAGUCCGAGCUCGCAACGAACGAACUCCUCAUCGUCAACCCAGACAUCGAGUAUUCGUGGCCCGGAUAUAUUUUCUGUCCUCAAAGAUGUAUGUACGCUCAGGGUACCCUCACCUCGACCCAGGUCGUCUCGAUCAUCGCAGAGUCCCUCAACCACUGGGUGGCCGCGCUCAUGAACAAGCGCGCGGAGUUUCGGGUCUGUACUUCCGACCAUUGGAAGGUCGGCCCAGAGGGGUUCAAACUUCUGGAUAUCUACCUGAUGGGCUUGAUUGAACUCGAGCUGGAUGGUGGUCGUGUGGUCUGGAUGCCUGCGUUGUGUGUUCGCGAAAAACAGAAACCGGGAAAGUAAUGAUCCAUGCCAUGUAACUUUAUGCUAACUGUAUGAAUCUAUGCACUAUGCCGUCCC